ACCACGGCCAGUCAACCAGACAUGAUAAUUCGCACAAAUCGUUAGUCGACAAAGUUAGUGCUUUGAUGUAGGUUGACAUUSAAAUCGCUUCAUUUAAGACAACCCAGAACGAUUCCAAACGAUGAUCAAUACAACAGUCAAUGGCACACAGACACCAAGCGUCAACGCAACAGGRGAAGACGACUGCAAGCAUAUUCCAUGCCUUUUCACUACUGCUGAGCUUGCAGUGAUAGCAAUAUGCUCGUUUUCCGUUAUCCUGCUUGGCAUCAUUGCGAAUAUAUACACAGGAAUUGUGUUGAUAGCGUCCAAAUAUCCUAGGAACAUUUGCAGUGUCUCGAUUAUAAGCCUUACACUGGCAGAUCUUCUUCUGUGCAUCUUUGUAGCACCAUUUUUGAUCAUAUCUGUCUUCUUUGUCAAUGGCUGGGUGUUCGGAGCUGUAAUGUGCAAGCUGUACGUGUUCAUUCAGCGCGUAGCAGUGAGUGCUAUCCUCCUUAACCUUCUUGUUGUGUCCCUAGAAAGGUUCUUGGCGGUAUGUUUUCCUUUCUUCCUGCGCAUGCGCCACAAUCUCUUCUUGUAUGCUAUCAUCUUGGUUUGGAUCGUUUCCGUUGCUAUGUCAACCCCRGACUUAUUUUACAUGCGUCUGUUUAUGCUGAAAUACGGCGGUGAGGGGUGUUUCAKKGAGMAAUCUGUGCAGUCCGCGUUGUUCCAAUCUUUUCACGAGAUGUUCUUUUUUGCCRCARURGCUAUWAUGCUUCCUAUACAGAUAAUCACGAUUUGUUGUCURCAUAUCAAGGGAGCAGCCCUCAAAGAAAACUCCMAUGCAAACUACAUYCGUCKCCGCAAUGCAUGCUACAUGAUGUUUUUCUUGWUGAUCUCGUGCAUUGUUUGUUGGUUUCCAGUGAAGAUUUCAACCAUGAUUCUUGGUAAAAACAACGCAGAAGAAAAGCUGGAUGUCAAAUCGAUUAACAUAGUAUUGGUCGUUACCGUCGUGUUGUAUUUCUCUUGCGCCGUCAUCCAUCCCAUCAUAUUCUUCUUCCUUUCACCAAAGGGCAAGCGAACGAUGGGUACCAUCUUGAGAAACGCAAAGAAAAAGAUACUGCGAAAAAGAAGCCAAGGAUCAUAUAUGAUAAAUGACACUGCCAGAACUCUCAAGGAAACUUCAUUAUAGACUUAAAAAACACUCUUGUUUCAGAGUAAACUCUUUUGACAUUUCGAGUUCGAAAAAAGAGGCAAUGGAGGCUCGUUGGCGUUCGAGCUCUUAUCAAACGAUAUGACAAUAUUCAGA